GAGAGAAAGUAACUCCAGGACGAGACCGGAGCGACCCGCGCAGCGAGCAUAGGCGGCGAGGCUGCGCCCGGCGCCCGAGACCGGCGGCUGCGGGGGGCGGGGGCUGCGCCCGAGCCGGCUCCGGCGCUCCGGCUCCGAGCAGUGGUGUCGGGGGAAAGGUCGUUGUCCAGCACAGAUGCGUUUGCCGGAGGCAGCACUGGAGGUUCUGGUCGAGGCGUAAAGCCUGGGGCUUCCAAUGGAGGCUGCUCUGUGUCUGGCCAUUCACAAACUGCAUCUUAACCACGGUGGAGACGGUGUUCAGAGAGGUCCCGGGCUCCCCAGCCCAUGGAGGCUGGGGGAUCCUCCCUGAGCUGUGGUCCACGGGGCUCUCUGCUGAUGCAAGAGGAGACACGCUUGAUACUCUGGGCGGCGAUGGAAGCCUAGAUGCCUCACCGCAAGGAGCGGCCGAGCGGGUCCUCGCUUCACGCCCACGGCAGCGCCGGCACUGCGGAGGGAGGAAGCAUGUCCCGGUUAUCUCUUACCCGGUCGCCCGUGUCUCCCCUGGCCGCCCAGGGCAUCCCACUACCAGCCCAGCUCACCAAGUCCAACGCGCCUGUGCACAUCGACGUGGGUGGUCACAUGUACACCAGCAGCCUGGCCACGCUCACCAAGUACCCCGACUCCAGAAUAAGCCGCCUCUUCAAUGGCACCGAGCCCAUCGUCCUGGACAGUUUGAAGCAACAUUAUUUCAUCGACCGGGAUGGGGAGAUUUUCCGCUACGUCCUGAGCUUCCUGCGGACAUCCAAACUGCUGCUCCCGGAUGACUUCAAGGACUUCAGCCUGCUGUACGAGGAGGCGCGGUACUACCAGCUGCAGCCCAUGGUGCGCGAGCUGGAGCGCUGGCAGCAGGAGCAGGAGCAGCGCCGACGCAGCCGCGCCUGUGACUGCCUCGUCGUGCGCGUCACGCCGGACCUGGGCGAGCGCAUUGCGCUCAGUGGCGAGAAGGCCCUCAUCGAGGAGGUCUUCCCCGAGACCGGGGACGUCAUGUGCAACUCUGUCAACGCCGGCUGGAACCAGGACCCCACGCACGUCAUACGCUUCCCGCUCAACGGCUACUGCCGGCUCAACUCGGUGCAGGUGCUGGAGAGGCUGUUCCAGAGGGGUUUCAGUGUGGCUGCAUCCUGUGGGGGUGGCGUGGACUCCUCCCAGUUCAGCGAGUACGUGCUGUGCCGUGAGGAGCGGCGGCCGCAGCCCACCCCCACUGCGGUCCGGAUAAAGCAGGAGCCCCUGGACUAGGCCCCGCCUCAGUGCCCGCCUGAGGCCGUCUGGCCCUGGGAACACCCCAGGGACCUGGAAACAGUGCUGGGGAGUUCUGCCUCUGCCUGCGUAGCAGUGGGCAUGAGACUGAGGGUGGGGCUGGAGGGUCCAGAGCCAGCCCGGGGAGCCGCAGGUAUCCUGGCAACAGCGCGUGGGAUGCCGGAGGCACGCCCACCGAAGGACCGUUGAUGUGACCCAAAGAUGCUGCGGUGGGAACAGUUCUCCGGGCACUUCGGCUCCCCGGCCCGGCGCGGCCUGCUCCGAGGCAGGGUCAGCAGAGGCCUCCGGGCCCAUGCCAGAGGAGCCAUUCAUCCUUCUCCACGCGUGGCAGUCUCCACUGGGUCUCCUUGUGUCACAGAUGGCUUAUUUUUCUACACUAUUUAGGAUGGAAGGAACUAACUGCACAAGCCAGAGAGGCUGACAAGGACCAACGCUUCUUCAUCUGGUGCUCAGUUCGUAGCUGGACGGGCAGUGUGCCCCCCCCCCGCCCCCCCACGCAGCAGAGGAGCUCCUGGGCCCUGAGGCUCAGGUGCCUGCAGAGUGGGGCUUGGAGACUUCUGGUCCCUGCUCCAGAGACAGACGCAAGAACGGCAAUGCCCGUAGGAACUGAAGCAGGGCCCCCAGGGCUGCGGGGAGGAGGGCUGUGUGGGUGUGGGGGACGGAUGGCUCUGGAGCCAUCUGACACCCUCGCCUUUGCUGCCACCCAGGGUGCAGGCCACACUUGGUGAGUCACCUGACCUACCAAUGCCCUGGGGACUUCCAGUUCUAUCUGAGUGUCCUCACACCUGGGCUUCUACAGAAGUCUCUCCCCAUCCAGACCAGCCACGGGGCCACACCGCAUCCUUACCUCAGGAAUGGGCCCCAUGGUGAAGGGGUCCAUGUGUCAGCAGCAUCCUCUGGGUCCCCAGCUCAGGAAGCCGUCCCCAGCUCCGCUUUUCCCACACUAAUAUGCACACUGAAUUUGAAUGAAACUGUUACACUAGCUUGCCGAUGUGACUGGGACACAAGGCGUACCUGGGGCUCUGGGCUCCGGAUUCCAACAAGGACCGGCCCCAAGGGGUCCUCCCAGACAACAGGCACAAAGAUGGACACCCCCCCCGUCCCCCUUCCCCACACUGGCUCCACCCGGGUGGGGAAGUCUUGGAGGGGUGCCCCAGCCGGCCCCGCGCUGUGUAUGAUGCCUGUAGACUUGUAUAUGACUCCUUUAAUAUUGUAAAGAUGCUGAUGUACAAUUGUGUGUGUGUGUAAACACAUUACGUUCCUAGUUCAUGCCAUAAAUGAUGCUCUAAAGCAAACGACUCAGGCUCUGUCCUGUGCAGAAGCGACAGCCGGAUCCCGCCUGGCACGCAGUGCGCAGUGCGGGGUGGUUUGGGGGUGGGGUCCCUCCCAAUUGGGAAGAAACAGCAGACCCCUCUCUCCCACGCAGCCCUAGCUAGGGGAGGGGAAGGGGCAGGGUCCCAAGCGGCCGUUAUUUAUUACAUUUGGGUGUUUCCUCUCUGCUGUGCCUGUCCCCUCUGGGCAGCACAGAUUCUGAAUUCUGAUUCACAGCCCCGAACCAGAUGCCAUACAGGGGGAAGGCAGACAGAAGGUGUCCGGGGGCUUUUGAACCCAGUCUUAAAUGUUCGAGAUUUUUCCCUCCCUGGCUCUGGGUUGAGGUCGGCGUCCUCUUAGCACCCCCCAAAGCAGUAGAAGGUGGCCAGCCCGGGGUCCUCGCAGCCCCCAGCAUGAGAACCACAGGCCAUCAGGGCACGGAACAAGGCCUCAGUGUGCCUCUUUCCAGGGAUAGACCUCCCGUUUUAAUAAGUCUUUCUGUGUUUUUCCUCAAAGCCCUUAUGUUCUAACCCACAAGGACCCUUCUACAUGCCCGGUAAGGGGCACCAGCUUCAACCUGUAGGACGGGAGCACAGAGAGCCUCAUCCCGUCGGAGGCCACAAAGCAGAUGCCAUCCACUGUACAAUCUAAUUUGCAGGACAGACUUGCUAGCCUUCUUUGCUUAGCAACGCGCCUACGGUUGGCACAUCUGCAUUUUGGCAUCUGAGGCUCACGUCUGAGAGGGGGAGAAAGUGGUGUGCUUAUUAGAAAGGAAGUCUGUGAAAACAGCUCAGUGCUGCCUGUUUUGGGUUUUUCUGAUGAUAGCCAGGAUGGUUACUGGUGGCUGGAGAUCCCCUAACAUUUUCAAGCAAACUCUCUUUUUGAUUAGACCGUGAGAUCCCCUAACAUUUUCAAACAAACUCUUUGAUUAGACCAUCGUGCUGAAAAAAACAACGAAAACAGUAACUACCUUAACUGUCACUCCUAUGUCUUUACUAAUUAAGUAAAAUCAGGAAGUCCAUUUCACAUAAAUUGGCAAUUUCUGAAUCUGUAGAAAUAUCUGAUGCUCCCACAGUAAUGCUAAAAUUCUAAUAUAUGGAGUCCCCAUAAACAGCACAAAUUAGUGGUCCCCUUAAAACGUUUUUCUACUUCUGGAAUGACUAUAUUCUAAGUAAUCUUUUGAUCAAAUACCAGCAGCAUAAAUGUUUCUUCUGUUCUUCAGGAGCCUCAAAACUGGUUAUUUAUGAUAAGCAACUGGAGAGAGAGCUUGGCCAACUAUGCCCAACCUCCACCAGGGCAGGGGAGAACCGGCCGAACCACGGCACAUGGCUUUUGCCACUGUCCUGCUCACACGGGGCUUGAAGCCAGGUCACAACAUCUUUUAAAAAGUGUGGUUUUUUUUUUUUUUUUUUAAGUUACCACUUGACUGUGUUCCUUAGAAUAA